CGAAAGGGCUAACGCCGUCGGCUAUACUCGAGCAGUAUCGUUCGCAAACCCUCAUUUCUCACGGUCCUCCAGCAGCACACCUCAUCUCUCUCGUUCUCUCAUCUCAUUCCAUUUCAUCAGCAAUGGCACAUCCGCAAAAGACAACUUACAAGGUCAACAUCCUCGGCGCGGGCGUCUCGGGCCUGUCGACGGCCCUGGCGCUCCUGGAAAAGGGUGGCUACAGCGUUAAGGUUCUUGCCACUCACAUUCCCUCGGAUCUCAACAUCGACUACACUUCUCCCUGGGCUGGCGCGCAUUGGAGGUCCUAUGCAGAUAUUGCCGAUCUUAAGCAGCAAGAGAUCGACACGGCAACAUACAAGCGGUUCGAAUACCUAGCCGAGAACGAACCCAAGGCCGGAAUCAUGUUCUUGGUCGGACAUGAUUAUUGGGAGGUCAAGCCCAAGGAUUUUGUGGACCCUUGGUUCAAGCGCAUCCUCAAGGAUUAUCGACACAUCUCCAAGUCAGAGUUGCCGCCAGGAAUGGAUUUCGGCAUCACUUACAGAACUGUCGCAAUGAAUGCUCCCAAGUACCUGCUCUACCUUCAAGAACAAGUCCUUGCACGCGGUGGAACCAUCGAACGCCUGACAGUGUCGAGUCUCAAGGCAGUUGCCCAGAUCCCACAUGGUACCGGUACUGACGCCAGACCGGAUAUCAUCGUCAACUGCUCCGGACUGGGAAGCCGCAACCUCGGCGGCGUGUUGGAUCACCAGAUGUUCCCGACGCGUGGACAGAUCGUCGUAGUCAAGGUCCCGGAUGAGCUGUGGCCGAUCGCGAAGAAUUUUACGAUGGAAAGGUAUGCUGAAGGAGCGGCGAUGGGUGUGGGAACGAUUACUUAUGUCAUCCCGAGAGAUAACGGCGAGAUCAUCCUUGGCGGCACCAUGGAGCACUGGAACAUCCAAGGAACUCCUUCGGAAGAGACCACCAAGGCAAUCAUGGAGCGCGUCCUGCAAAUACGUCCUGAUUUGUUCAGCAAAGCGACCAUCCUGCGGAGCUGCGUUGGCCUGCGUCCCAACCGCCGUGGGGGUGUCCGUGUCUCUGCGGCCGUCGAGCAACUGGACUGGAACGAAGGAUGGGACAAGUCCGUGUUGGUGGUCGCCCAUAACUAUGGACAUGGUGGAUUCGGCUUCCAGGCGAGUGUGGGAUGUGCGCAAAAGACGGUCGAGAACAUUGAGCAAUGCCUGAAGGAGUUGCAGGGUGCUAGGAGCCAGGCUAGAACCAUGGCGAAGCUUUGAGAUAGAUACCUGCACAAUUAAAGAAAAAAGGGAAUUGACCGUACGCGCAAAGGCUCUGUUUGAAUAGAGGUUUAAGGUUCUGAGCGACUUUGCGCGAACAGGUCGCCGGCGGCUCUUCCAACAAUGGAAAUAAAGGCCUCGAUGCCACUCCCACUGCUUUCAUCAUUUUUUCGUUGUUUUUUUUAAAGCACAUUUAUUG